GCUGCUGAUCCAAGCAGGUAUAGACAUUAACAGACAGUCGGAGUCGGGGACGGCGCUGCACCAGGCGGCUCUCUGUGGAAAGACUGAGGUGGUGCGACUCCUGUUGGAUAGUGCCCUAGAGAAACCAGAUAAUUGUUGUGAUGACAACCUGGUAACUUUCCCAAUUACUGCAACAACUACGACCCUGACGAGCCUCAACAUCAAGACUGGAGACAUCAUCACGGUUCUGGAGCAGCAUUCUGACGGCCGGUGGAAGGGUUGUAUCCAUGACAACCGGACAGGAAAUGACCGCGUUGGUUACUUCCCCUCCAGCAUGGUGGAGGUCAUCAGCAAGAGGCCAGGUUCUCGGAGCUCUGAGGCCAGUCCCCACGGCUCUCCCACCUUAGGCCAGCAGGGCGGCGCCAGCGAGGACGUCUGGGUGCUCCGGAAGCCCCUCGCAGGUGGUGACCCGUAG